AUAUUCUCUGCGAGCCUCGACGAACCUCACAGCCCGCGCGAAACUUUCUACCAUGGCGGACACGUCUUCUAUGGAACAUCCUGCCACUGCAGCAAUUUUGAGCUCAGCUCCUGCUGUAUGCAGUACAGGCCUGCCGGACGCGACUGAGACAUCCGCUAAGCCGCCCCUCAUUGUACAGUUAGUCGUACGACGAGAUCUGCUCGAAGCCGAAGGCUGGGGAGUCGGCCCUCUGAUGUCACAGACUGCACACGCCGCUGUUGCUGUGCUGCACGAAACUCGCGAUCUACCAGAAACUCAAGCAUACCUAGCCGAUUUGAAGAACAUGAGAAAGGCGGUCUUGCAGGUUGCAGACAGGAAAAGCCUCGAACGCUUGAGCGAGCUGCUCUCGUCCUCCGUUCCACUAAUUCCGCAUCAUUUAUGGAUAGAACAGCCAGAGAACGAACCGACGUGCCUGGCUCUCGCGCCAAACCGACGAGAAUCCAAGAUUAAGAAGGCACUAGACAAGACGGGCUGUCGGUUGUGGAAGGGUUGAUGUUCCGCUGUGAGGAAGCGUACGGCUGACUUCUAUUUCACACUGUAUUAUAGUUGCUGCACAGUCACAGAAUGCACGAUAGAUACGGAAUACAAUCGUUUAUACUACAUACGAUAGCUGCAGAACGUCUCGACGGCUCCUUUGGGGGCGUGCCACGAUGCUGCGAAUUAAAAGACCUUGACGAGAAACACAACGAUCGACGAGCUCGAGGUGCCACAAG